UAUGCACAAUUGGCAAGCCUUUCAAAAGACUUAUUGUUGAAAUUAUGAGCAUUCCUUCAUCUUCUUAUGAAAAAAAUGCCUAUUUAUCCCUGGAACAAAGCCUUCAGAGUGUUAAUUUUGACGAGUUUGAUGAUGUACCAAACAUCAAUAGCGAUAUAUCUACUAAAGAAACCGUUACGUUGAAUUUGGAAACAGAUGAAUUGCAAGCAAACGGCGCGUUUUUUGAAGCUACAGAAGUUGAGGCAAUUCUAGCCCCAGACAAAGAAAGCCCAAAUGCGAAUAAAACAACUGAUCAAAAUUUAAUUGCUGAAGCUACUAAUUCGGUUAAGCCAAUAAACUCGCCCGAAAGCUCUGUUUCAAAUACAGGCCAAGAAAAGAAACCAAGUAACGUCAGAGGAAAAACACAAUUGUCUAAAAAGGAGCUGUUGAAUACAAUAUCUAAGCCAAUUAUACCCCCGAUAAUUCCUAAUGAAGUUCUACUAUCGCCUUGGCGAACUGAACCGAAGCAUCAAAACUUUACAAAUAUCGAAGCUGCCAAAAAUAUUUAUCACAGACAGAAAACAACAGAUGAUAUAAACCAUUUUCCAAGCGGUUCUUCAAUCUCCAAAGACGAAAUCUUACAUCUUAAAAGAUCGCAUAGCGCUUGUAAAGCUAAAAGCACCAAAAAAACAUCAUUCGAAGGCAACUACCGUUCUGGUGGCGACUCAACAUCCGACCAUUUGAACUACGAUUACAUAAUACCGGUGAAAAACAAUAGCAUUGACGUAACAUUUGACAGAAAGAAGAGUUAUGACGUAACAUUGGCUGCAAAUACUCAUGACUAUUGCGCAACAUGUCUGACGCCGAGUAUUGCGACGACUGCCGAAGGAAGCUGUGCGUCUUCCCCUGGUUGCGAGAAACACUUUCCGGAACUCCGAGCAUCCUGCCCGCAAUUAGCCGCUCAACGAAAGUUUUCCCUCGUUCGACCUGGAUCCGUCCGAGAUUCAACAGAGUCGGACUGCUUCUCUAACCCCAAAUCCCCCAUCCAGCAACAGGAAAACAAGAACAAGACCAGAGCCAACAGUCUCCUUGAUCCUUACUCCAGCACAGGUCAACUCCAGAAGACAAGUUCAAUAAUACCAGCGACUGCUCUGCUCAACCCAAACUACAAGCACAAGAUCAACCAAAUCCAGAGAAGUCCGUCCUUGGCUAGCAGGGGCGUCGAUCUCCGAAGAAAAAGGUUGUCGAGUGUGGGCACAACUGGCAUCAACAACGGACUUUCAACAGUCUCCGUGAACGUGAGUGUGUCGCACCGUCCCUCAGUGGCCCCCUCUGUGACCAGACUGUACAGUGUGGCCAAGUUGAUAGAGGACAGUGAGAACAUGGUGCUGAAGAGGAGCAAGAAGUCCUUCCAGACCAAAGUGUACAACUUCCUCGAGAGACCCAGUGGCAAAUUAUGCAUCACGUACCACAUUUCAGUGAGAUCUUUCUGCUGCUCUUUUUCGCCACGGAGUACUUCAUCCGAGUGUGGUCUGCAGGGUGUAGAGUGAAGUACAGGGGGUUCAAAGGCAGAUUCAGAUUCGCCAGGAAACCAGUCGCAUUCAUCGAUUUGUUUGUGAUCUUGGCUUCAAUUGUGGCCCUUCUCUCUGACUCAGACAGCAGAAUAUUCGCAGGAGCCACCAUCAGGGGUAUCCGAUUCCUGCAGAUGUUGCGGAUGUUGCAUGUGGACAGAAAGGGGGGCUCCUGGAGACUCCUCAGCUCAGUAGUGUACAUCCAUAGACAGGAACUCAUCACCACUCUCUACAUUGGCUUUCUCUGUCUCAUUUUCGCAUCUUACUUGGUCUACCUGUUCGAAUUCAACGCCGGAUCAUCUUCACAAUCUUCGUCGUCAACUUCAGCCAACUUCUUAGUGUUAGACUCCUCAAAGUCUGAGUCAUCGAACAGACCUCCGGAUCCAGGGGUGUGGUCUACUCUGUUCCCUCCUAAUGGGUUAAGCAGAAGGAGUGCUGAAAAAGAUGGUGACGAAACAAGUGCGACUGGAUCAUCGGAAACAGGAGAAGGAGACGGAGACGGGGGAGGUUGCUCAUGUGCUUCGACUUCUAGUCGGGGGUCUCAUUUCGCCCCUCCUCCUAGGAGAGGAGGAAGAAAAGAGGAGGGGGCGAGUGCAUUCGGGAACUACGCCGAUGCUCUGUGGUGGGGAAUUACAACAGUGACUACGAUCGGCUACGGGGACAUCGUCCCACAGACUUGGAUGGGCAAAGUGGUAGCCUCCAUAUUCAGCGUGUUCGCCAUAUCCUUCUUCGCACUUCCCGCGUGCACGUGGCGAUGCUACUCCGUCCACCCCAAAGUAGAACUGGACAUCGCCUGGAAAGUGUUCACCAAAGGAAGAGUGGGAAUGGGUCUCAAAGAUUCUGACGAUUCAGUCCGGGGCAAUCUGUUCGAUGGGGGAAGCCAUAACAGAUGUCCGUCUACGUCUAAGAAGGAGAGCACGAUUGAUUUUCUUAAAAGGAAUAUUGAGAGUGGAUCCAGCAAACUCAGAGCCUCAAUGUCAUCUAUAUCCGAGUUCAACCGGAAGGGAUCUUCAUGUAUCACAAUCUCUAGAUGCAACCCCGAACAGACAGGGGAUCCAGAGAGUAUCUACAAGUGCCAAGACCCCUCGUGUAGCUACCCCAGCUGCAACACACACAAGAGCAAACUGCCUGUCAUCAGCAUAGAUCAGGCAGCCAACAAUCAGCAGAACACUACAGUGUCGAAUGGGAAAACCCUGGCAAUUGUCUGUAAUAUCGGCAACAACUUGACCAAUCCCAGUGGAGGCAGUGGUGGCGGGGGUCCUGCUGAAAAGAAAGACUCUCUCUCGCCCAGGCAGUUUUACGACUUUGAGAACUUCAACUACUACAAUGACGACAAAGAUUACAUGGAAAGCGAUUCGGAGCUUUUAACAAUACCCAAAUUGACAGUCUCUCACAAGAAUGCUAUUCGCUGGGUGCGCACUCUUCAGUUUCUGGUCGCCAAGCGCAAAUUUCAGAAUUGCAGACAGCCGUAUGACGUAAGAGAUGUGAUGGAGCAGUACUCUCAAGGUCACAUCAGCAUGAUGGUGAGGAUAAAGGAGCUGCAGAGAAGAUUGGACCAGAAUCUAGGCAGGACAGGACCUCAAUACGACUCUGCGUACAACGAUGGUCGCUACAAAAACUGUGCUAUAGCUCGACUCUCUAGACUCGAGACGCAGAUGUGCAUUAUCGGAGACAGAGUGGAAGAAUGUGUCUCUAUACUACGCAGACAACAACAGGAUAGGUACACAUCAUCACACCAUACACAAUCAUCAAGCAGACCAGACACGCCCCAUCUAGAAUUUUCUAGAACAAACAGCAGAGCUAAAAAGAAACAAGGACUGCAACAUGCGAACCUAUCGAGAAAUAGACUGAGCAUGGAAGACAAAAACGAUGAAGAAGAUUUGUAAAUUGAGAUGAAACUGGAAAAAAAUAUAUUUAAUUUCGUAUUUUAUUUUCAAAGAGCACAUCGAUCUAGCGAGCAUCUUUAACCUUGCAUCAUCAUCGGUACUGAAGUUAUAUAACUUUAAAUCACUACUUUCAAUAUGUGUUUUUCUAUCAAAGUUUUACAAAUGGUUGAAAAUAUGCUGAGUUGGUUGCCCUGAUUGUUUUUGAGUAGUUUUCUUAAUCAUCUUUCAAAUAAUUGAAACGCAUUUGGUUUAGAUCAUUGAUUGGGGUUGAUGGUAAAAUGAUGUAAUGUCGAUUUUUUGAAUAUUGUUUGUGCAAACGGAAUUAUCCUAUACCAGAAAAAAAUCAAUUUAUUGUUAUGUUAAUUUAAAUAGUGCCGUGCUAACUGAAGACCGUACAUUUAAAACUCUGGAAAAUUUCAGAUACAACAUAAACAAAAUUAUAAACACCUGUUGACAACUCCUUUUCUUUAAUUUCUAAUUAUAAUUUCAAAUUAUAAUUAUAUUCUUUCCAAUUUUGAAAUUAUACUUCGAAUUUCUCUCACAGUGCCGAAAAAACUCAAUAUCACCACCCAAACAAACUCUAUUUUCUACUUGUUGUUUCUUCAAUUUGUAGUUUAGAAAACUCUAUUAUUUUCUACUUGUUGUUUCUUCAAUUUGUAGUAUGGAAAACUCUAAUCAAAUGAAUGAAGCGAAGUUCUAUCCUCC